AUGCGCGGCAUCACAGCUACCAGACCUUCUUUAUCAUCGCUGACACGCUCACACACUAGCACCGCCGCACGCUGGUAUACAUCACCAUCUGGUUUGGCCCACGCAGAACCAGCUCCACCAAGUCGAAGAGAUCUCAUUCGAUCUCGAAUUGCACAGGUUGACGCUAUCUCUUCGACAGCUGAAGUUUCACCAUUCUUGGUGGAUACUUUUGGCCGCCGACACAACUACCUACGCAUUUCCCUGACAGAGCGAUGUAAUCUACGAUGUUUCUAUUGUAUGCCAAGCGAAGGCGUCGACCUUUCCCCAAAAUCAAACAUCUUGUCGGAUGAUGAGAUUAUCCGUCUCGCAACUUUGUUCGUCAAGAGUGGCGUCACAAAGAUCCGGCUCACGGGCGGUGAGCCAACUGUUCGAAAGGGCCUUGUUGAUCUUGUCGCACGCCUGAACGAAUUGCGUGAGCACGGCCUCGAAUCUAUCGGCAUGACCAGCAACGGGCUCGUACUCCAUCGAUAUCUAUCGAAUUUGGUCCAGAGUGGACUCACACACCUUAACCUGAGUUUAGACACCCUUGACCCGUUCAAGUUUGAAAUCAUGACUCGACGCAUGGGUCACCAGGCCGUAUUGAGGUCACUGGACCACGCGCUUGUGUCCGACCUGAAAUCUGUCAAAAUGAACGUCGUCAUAGUCAAAGGUCUCAAUGACAACGAGGUGUUAGACUUCGUUGAUAUGACGAAAGACCGAAACUUUUCCAUCCGGUUCAUCGAGUUCAUGCCGUUUACAGGAAAUCAGUGGGACAAAGCUAAGAUGGUCCCAUCUUCCGAGUUACUGUCUCGCAUCUCAGCAGCUCACCCAAGCUUGAGAAAAGCGGCGGAUGAGCUCAAUGACACGGCCAGGUCAUAUCGAAUUCCUGGUUACCGAGGCAGCAUUGGGUUCAUCAGCAGCAUGUCUGAUCACUUCUGUGCAUCUUGCAAUCGCCUGCGGUUGACCGCAGACGGGCAAAUCAAGGUUUGCCUAUUUGAUGCGAAAGAGGUCUCUCUGCGGGAUCAGAUGAGACAAGGGGCAGACGACACGCAUCUACUUCGAACUAUCGGGAGAGCCGUCAACGGAAAGAAGGAGAAGCAUGAUGGUAUGGAAGAUAUAGAUGUUGUCACGAAUAGACCCAUGAUUCUCAUCGGUGCUAUCCGUUUAGCACCUCGCGUCGCCUAUGCCUGGGCAUCACGAUCAGCGCGAGGCGCGCGGCUUAAUCAUCUCUGGUCACCGACGACAGUACCUCCUGGCUUGUCUACUCUCGAACGAGUUCGGUGCCUCUCCACGAAGUCGGCCCUUGACUCAUCACAUCAGCCCGAGUCUAAGUUGACUCACGUUGAUGCCGAAGGCCGUCCGCACAUGGUUGACGUCUCAAACAAGGAGUCCACCAGUCGCACUGCGACAGCUGAGGGCCGGAUUUACCUCCCCCGCGUCGCUUACGAGCUUGUCUUCCCAACGACUAGACAUGCGCCGGGGCCUCUGCCAACCUCGAGGUUAGGGGGUGAGAAGCCAAAACAUUCCGAAAAGUCCGUCGUCCCGGACCGUGCUCCUGAUCCGGCUUUGGAAACGAAUUUGGGCUUGGGCGCGGCCAUGAGUGAGUUGGAGAAAGCCAAGUCCAAGGCCCGAAAGAAGGGCGACGUGCUGAUCGUCGCGCAGCUCGCUGCCAUUAUGGCAUGCAAACGCACGGCCGAGCUCAUUCCCCUCUGUCAUCCGCUCCCCUUAUCCCACGUGUCUGUCGCACUUACUCCAGAGGUCCACCCCGACCCUGAUGCCACAUACGAUCUGACAGACCUGCCCGACAAAGGGAACACCGGUCGACGACCCCACCUAUACAGCAUCAAGUGCAUCGCGACUGUGUCCUGCGAUGGAAAGACGGGCGUUGAGAUGGAAGCGCUGACAGCCGUAUCUGUGGGCUUGCUCACCGUGUGGGAUAUGCUCAAGGCGGUGGCGGGAAAGGAGAUGGUGAUUGGUGAUAUUUUGGUUCGCGGCAAGGCGGGUGGGAAGAGCGGUGAUUUUGUUCGGCGACAAUAG